AUGAGCACGGAGCCUGUAGUACAGCUACUUGAGAUUGAGCUAUUGGGCGACAAUCCUGCGUUAUACACGCAGUCCUUACGCUGGCGCAUGCGUUUGGAGUCUUUGUAUCCACUUCAGGAGCCCAUUUCUGUGGCUUUUGUGUGGGUUGGCAGUGCGAGCAGUGCGGCUUACGAUCAGGUGCUUGAUGCCUUUGACGUUGGGCCGUUGGCGAAGGGGGCGACGGAGUUUACGAUGGAGUGCGACCCGCCGCGGGCGGAGUUGGUGCCGCCGGAGGAGCUACUCGGUGUGACGAUCCUCGUCAUCUCCUUCCAGUACCGCGGGCAGGAGUUCCUGCGGGUCGGGUACUACACACAGGUCGCCUACUUUGACCCGCACCUCAACCAACUCCCACCCCCACACCCGCAGGAGGAUCUCCUCGGACGCUUCAUCGCCAUGCCACGUCCUACAGUCACAGUAACUCCUAUAGCCUGGGAUAAGGAAACGGGGAAUUGA